UGUAGCCCUAGCAAACAGUGUUGUCGCUAACUGUAAACAGCAAAACGCAAAAUCAGAGAGCCGCGUUUAUGUUGGAGUUUUGUUAAAAUAAACAAUUAUACUGGACCUGGCACAAAUACAAAAAGAAAUAUGGAAGAUGUACAAAAGCAUAGCGUGCAUACGCUUAUAUUCCGCUCGCUGAAACGCACACACGAUCUGUUUGUAUCAAAUCAGGGCAACUUGCCGGACAUUGAUGACCGCCUAGAAAGAUUGCGUCGCUCGAUCAAAGCAAGGGACACGUAUGGUCUGGUGCUGGACCGGGCCAACAAAACGAUGGACGCCAAAAGGUUAUCCGCAAUGCAUAGCGGCGAUCCCGAAAGACCGCUGGCAAUUACGGAUGGAAGUACGGGUCUGGCUGCGUCCGGUGCGGACUUGAGCGCAACUGCCGCCGAGGGUGGCACAAUGGUCAGAUUUACGCGCGACAAGGAGAAGGCGCCAUUUAACGGUAGCAACUCAUUGGUGCGUGCUUCGAUGCCCGGCAACAGCAGCGGCGGAGGCGCCAGCAAUGUGCAGUUGAUACCAAAGAAAGCACCAAGCAUACCGAAACCCAAGUGGCAUGCACCAUGGAAGCUAUCGCGUGUCAUCUCCGGACAUUUGGGUUGGGUGCGUUGCAUCGCUGUUGAGCCGGGCAACGAAUGGUUUGCAACCGGAGCGGGAGAUCGUGUCAUCAAAAUUUGGGACUUAGCCAGCGGCAAACUGAAGCUGUCGCUUACUGGUCAUGUGAGUACAGUACGCGGUGUAGCAGUGAGUACUAAGCAUCCGUAUCUGUUCAGUUGCGGCGAGGAUCGCCAGGUGAAGUGCUGGGAUCUGGAGUACAAUAAGGUCAUUCGACAUUAUCAUGGACACCUGUCCGCUGUAUACUCGCUGGCACUGCAUCCAACCAUCGAUGUACUUGCCACCUCCGGUCGUGACUCGACCGCACGCAUCUGGGACAUGCGAACCAAGGCCAAUGUACACACAUUGACGGGUCACACGAACACGGUGGCCAGUGUGGUGGCCCAGGCCACCAAGCCACAGAUUAUCACCGGCUCACAUGAUUCAACGGUGCGUCUCUGGGAUCUAGCUGCCGGCAAGAGUCUGUGCACGCUAACAAAUCACAAAAAGUCGGUGCGUAGCAUUGUCCUGCAUCCAUCACUGUACAUGUUCGCGUCCGCCUCGCCCGACAACAUCAAACAAUGGCGCUGUCCCGAGGGCAACUUUGUGCAAAACAUUUCUGGUCACACGGCCAUUGUCAACUGCAUGGCGGCCAAUACAGAUGGUGUACUGGUUUCUGGCGGCGACAACGGCACCAUGUUCUUCUGGGAUUGGCGUACCGGCUACAAUUUCCAACGCUUCCAGGCACCCGUUCAGCCCGGCUCCAUGGACAGCGAAGCGGGCAUCUUUGCCAUGUGCUUCGAUCAAUCUGGCACACGUCUCAUCACCGCCGAGGCGGAUAAAACCAUUAAGGUGUACAAGGAGGAUGACGAGGCCAGCGAGGAGACACAUCCGGUUAACUGGCGGCCAGAGCUGCUCAAGCGUCGUAAAUUCUAAGAGAAAUCCUAGUUGUAUGCUUAUAGUUUAAUACCAAUCUACAAAUAAAUUGCUACCCCUUUGACUAAUGUAAUCCU